AUGGGAUUAUUCAUCGGUUACAAAGAUGAGGUGGGAUGUCCGGAAUAUAAUUUUACCUUCCUUACUUACUACGUACAAAAUGUUCGAGAAGGUAGUUCGGGAUUCUUGGGAAUUGUGGGCGAUUUUGAAGAGCUUCUGAUUGAUCAUGAGGAAGCAACUAUAAAUUAG